AUGGAAUUCGGUCUCAAGCUAUCCAAAUCAACAGAAGAACCAGAGAUAGACGCAACUGUCUACAGACGAAGGAUUGGCUGUCUUCGGUAUCUCCUCCACACAAGACCUGACCUAGCCUUCUCGGUUGGUCUACUAAGCCGAUAUAUGCACUCUCCACGAGAGUCACACGGUAAUGCCCUUAAACAAGUUUUGAGAUAUUUACGAGGCACUCUUGGUUUCGGCUUGGUAUAUAAGAAAGGAGGAACUAAGAAACUUGUCGGCUAUAGCGACAGUAGUCAUAAUACUGACAUAGACGAUGGUAAGAGUACCACUAGCCACUUAUUUUGCUUUGGAGAUACACCUAUAACCUGGUGUUCACAAAAGCAAGAGAUAGUUGCUCUCUCCUCUUGUGAAUCAGAGUUUGUCGCCGCUACAGAAGCUGCUAAGCAAGCCAUCUGGCUUCAAGAAUUGUUGGUUGAGAUCACAGGAAGAAAAGAUGAGAAGACAUUGAUCAGAAUCGACAAUAAGUCAGCUAUUGCACUAACUAGGAACCCAGUGUUUCAUCGAAGAAGCAAGCACAUCCACAAGAGAUUUCAUUUCAUACGUGAAUGCAUUGAGAGUGAUCAACUUGAUGUAGAACACGUCCCUGGCAAGGAACAACUCGCGGACGUACUUACUAAAGCAUUGGCGAAGACACUAUUCAGAGAGAUGAGGGAGAAGAUCUGUGUACAAGAUCUAGCUCAAAAGAACAUGAAGCUUAAGGGGGUGAAUGUUGGAUAA